CCCUGCAGCUUGUUUUGGCUCCUUGACUCUUCAGGAAGGAUGAAAGAGAUGGAUCCUGCAAAGCUAGCGGGGAUGGAAGGGGGAAGAUGGACGGUUGACCUGGUCAGGUUGUCUCCUGCAUCCCUCCUCACAGCCUCUGAGCGUUCCUCUCUAGGGCUCUCAGAGAGAUCUGGUGGUGAUGAAUUGGAAAUCAAUUAUGGGGGAGACCAUGACAAAAUCCACACAGUGGAGAAGCCAUAUCAAAAUUGGGAGUAUGGAGAGAGCUCCAGUCAGAGUUCCCGUUCCCACCAAAGAACUCACAGUGGGAAGAAAGGCUAUCAGUGCUCAGAAUGUGGGAAGAGCUUCAGUCGGACAAUCUCACUUCUCAUCACAGAAUUCAUACAGGAGAGAAACCCCAUCAGUGCUUGGAAUGUGGAAAGAGGUUUCGUCAGAGUGGGGCUCUCACUUUCCACAAAAGAAUUCAUACUGGAGAGAAACCCUACCAGUGCUUGGAAUGUGGAAAGAGCUUCAGUCGGAGCACCCAUCUCAUGUCCCAUCAAAGAAUUCAUACAGGGGAGAAACCCUAUCAGUGCUUGGAAUGUGGAAAGAGCUUCAGUCAGAGGAGCAGUCUUGCUUCCCAUCAAAGAAUUCAUACAGGGGUGAAACCCCAUCAGUGCUUGGAAUGUGGAAAGCGCUUCAGUCAGAGGCAGAGUCUCACUUCCCAUGAAAGAAUUCAUACUGGAGAGAAACCCUAUCAGUGCUUGGAAUGUGGAAAGAGCUUCAGAAAGAGGGCAGGUCUCAUUUACCAUCAAAGAACUCAUACAGGGACACCUCAGAAAGGCUAUCAGUGCUCAGAAUGUGGGAAGAGCUUCAGUCGGAAGGGCAGUCUUACUUUGCAUCAAAGAAUUCAUACUGGAGAGAAACCCUAUCAGUGCUUGGAAUGUGGAAAGAGGUUUCGUCAGAGUGGGUAUCUCACUUCCCACAAAAGAAUACAUACAGGAGAGAAACCCUAUCAGUGCUUUGAAUGUGGAAAGAGCUUCAGUCACAGUUACAGUCUCACUUCCCACCAAAGAAUUCAUACAGGAGAGAAACCCUAUCAGUGCUUUGAAUGUGGAAAGAGCUUCAGUCGGAAGGACAGUCUCACUUCCCACCAAAGAAUUCAUACAGGGGAGAAACCCUUUCAGUGCUUUGAAUGUGGAGAGAGCUUCAGUCACAGUUACAGUCUCACUUCCCAUCAAAGAAUUCAUACAGAGGAGAAACCCUAUCAGUGCUUGGAAUAUAGGAAGAGCUUCAGUUGGAAGGACAAACUCACUUUGCAUCAAAGAAUUCAUACUGGAGAGAAACCCCAUCAGUGCUUGGAAUGUGGGAAGAGCUUCAGUCAGAGCACCCAUCUCACUUCCCAUCAAAGAAUUCAUACAGGGGAGAAACCCUAUCAGUGCUUGGAAUGUGGGAAGAGCUUCAGUCAGAGCGCCCAUCUCACUUCCCAUCAAAGAAUUCAUACAGGGGAGAAACCCUAUCAGUGCUCAGAAUGUGGGAAGAGCUUCAGUCGGAAGGACAGUCUCACUUCUCAUCAAAGAAUUCAUACUGGAGAGAAACCCUAUCAGUGCUUGGAAUGUGGAAAGAGCUUCAGUCAGAGCACCUAUCUCACUUCCCACCAAAGAAUUCAUACAGGGGAGAAACCCUUUCGGUGCUUUGAAUGUGGAGAGAGCUUCAGUCAGAGCACCCAUCUCACUUCCCAUCACAGAAUUCAUACAGGGGAGAAACCCUAUCAGUGCUCGGAAUGUGAGAAGAACUUCAGUCAGAAGGACAAACUCACUUUGCAUCAAAGAAUUCAUACUGGUGAGAAACCCUAUCAGUGCUUGGAAUGUGGGAAGAGUUUCAGUCAGAGCACCCAUCUCACAUCCCAUCAAAGAAUCCAUACAGGGGAGAAACCUUAUCAGUGCUUUGAAUGUGGAAAGAACUUCAGAAGGAGGGGCAGUCUCACUUCACAUCAAAGAAUUCAUACAGGGGAGAAACCCUAUCAGUGCUUGGAAUGUGGAGAGAGCUUCAGUCAGAGUUACAGUCUCACUUCCCAUCGAAGAAUUCAUACAGAGGAGAAACCCUAUCAGUGCUUGGAAUGUGGAAAGAGGUUUCGUCAGAGUGGGAAUCUCACUUCCCACAAAAGAAUACAUACAGGAGAGAAACCUUACCAGUGCUUGGAAUGUGGAAAGAGCUUCAGUCGGAAGGACAGUCUCACUUCCCAUCAAAGAAUUCAUACAGGGGAGAAACCCUAUCAGUGCUUUGAAUGUGGAGAGAGCUUCAGUCAGAGUUACAGUCUCACUUCCCAUCGAAGAAUUCAUACAGAGGAGAAACCCUAUCAGUGCUUGGAAUGUGGAAAGAGGUUUCGUCAGAGUGGGAAUCUCACUUCCCACAAAAUAAUACAUACAGGAGAGAAACCUUACCAGUGCUUGGAAUGUGGAAAGAGCUUCAGUCGGAAGGACAGUCUCACUUCCCACCAAAUAAUUCAUACGGGAGAGAAAUCCUAUCAGUGCUUUGAAUGUGGAAAGAGCUUCAGUCGGAAGGACAGUCUCACUUCCCACCAAAGAAUUCAUACAGGAGAGAAACCCUAUCAGUGCUUUGAAUGUGGAAGGAGCUUCAGUCGGAAGGACAAACUCGCUUCCCACCAAAGAAUUCAUACAGGAGAGAAACCCUAUCAGUGCUUUGAAUGUGGAGAGAGCUUCAGUCACAGUUACAGUCUCACUUCCCAUCAAAGAAUUCAUACAGAGGAGAAACCCUAUCAGUGCUUGGAAUGUAGGAAGAGCUUCAGUCGAAAGGACAGUCUCACUUUGCAUCAAAUAAUUCAUACAGGGGAGAAACCCUAUCAGUGCUUGGAAUGUGGGAAGAGCUUCAGUCAGAGCACCCAUCUCACUUCCCAUCAAAGAAUUCAUACUGAAGAGAAACCCUAUCAGUGCUUUGAAUGUGGAAAGAGCUUCAGUCACAGUUACAGUCUCACUUCCCAUCAAAGAAUUCAUACAGAGGAGAAACCCUAUCAGUGCUUGGAAUGUAGGAAGAGCUUUAGUCGGAAGGGCAAACUCACUUUGCAUCAAAGAAUUCAUACAGGGGAAAAACCUUAUAAGUGCUUGGAAUGUGGGAAGAGCUUCAGUCGGAGCACCCAUCUCACUUCCCAUCAAAGAAUUCAUACAGAGGAGAAACCCUAUCAGUGCUCAGAAUGUCGGAAGAGCUUCAGUCGGAAGGACAGUCUCACUUCGCAUCAAAGAAUUCAUACAGGGGAAAAACCUUAUAAGUGCUUGGAAUGUGGGAAGAGCUUCAGUCGGAGCACCCAUCUCACUUCCCACCAAAGAAUUCAUACAGGGGAGAAACCCUUUCAGUGCUUUGAAUGUGGAGAGAGCUUCAGUAAGAGCACCCAGCUCACUUCCCAUCACAGAAUUCAUACAGGGGAGAAACCCUAUCAGUGCUCGGAAUGUGAGAAGAACUUCAAGAGGAUAAGCAGUCUCACUUCACAUCAAAGAAUUCAUACAGGGGAGAAACCCUAUCAGUGCUUGGAAUGUGGAAAGAGGUUUUGUCAGAGUGGGACUCUCACUUCCCACAAAAGAAUACAUACAGGAGAGAAACCUUACCAGUGCUUGGAAUGUGGAAAGAGCUUCAGUCACAGUUACAGUCUCACUUCCCACCAAAGAAUUCAUACAGGAGAGAAACCCUAUCAGUGCUUUGAAUGUGGAAAGAGCUUCAGUCACAGUUACAGUCUCACUUCCCACCAAAUAAUUCAUACAGGAGAGAAACCCUAUCAGUGCUUUGAAUGUGGAAAGAACUUCACUCAGAGCGGCAAUCUCACUUCCCACCAAAGAAUUCAUAUAGGGGAGAAACCCUUUCAGUGCUUUGAAUGUGGAGAGAGCUUCAGUCACAGUUACAGUCUCACUUCCCAUCAAAGAAUUCAUACAGAGGAGAAACCCUACCAAUGCUUAGAAUGUGGAAAGAACUUCACUCAGAGCAGCAAUCUCACUUCCCAUCAAAGAAUUCAUACAGGGGAGAAACCCUAUCAGUGCUUUGAAUGUGGAAAGAGCUUCAGUCAGAGCACCCAUCUCACUUCCCAUCAAAGAAUUCAUACUGGAGAAAAACUCCAUCAGUGCUUGGAAUGUGGGAAGAGCUUCAGUCAGAGAACGCAUCUCACUUCCCAUCAAAGAAUUCAUACAGAGGAGAAACCCUAUCAGUGCUUGGAAUGUGGGAAGAGCUUCAGUCAGAGCACCCAACUCACUUCCCAUCAAAGAAUUCAUACAGGGGAGAAACCCUAUCAGUGCUCGGAAUGUGAGAAGAACUUCAGUCGGAAGGACAGACUCACUUUGCAUCAAAGAAUUCAUACUGGUGAGAAACCCUAUCAGUGCUUGGAAUGUGGAAAGAGUUUCAGAAGGAGGGCAGGUCUCAUCCACCAUCAAAGAACUCAUACAGUGGUGAAACCAUUUAAAUGUACGGUGUGUGGAAAGAGCUUCAGCCAUAGUGGAAGCCUUAGCAUGCAUCAUAGAAUCCACACAGGGGAGAAACCAUUUGAAUGUACCGAGUGUGGAAAAAGUUUCACUGGACGUGGUGACCUUUCUAAGCAUCAGAGAAUCCACACAAGGGAGAAACCGUUCAGGUGCAUGGAGUGUGGAAAAUGCUUUAGUCAGAGCGCUCACCUUACUUUACAUGAAAGAACACAUACAGGGGAGAAACCGUUUCAGUGUAUGGAGUGUGGAAAAGGUUUCACUGGAAGCGGUGACCUUUCUAAGCAUCUCAGAAUCCACACGAGGGAGAAACCCUUCAAAUGCAUGGAGUGUGGAAAGGGCUUUACUCAAAGAGCUCACCUUACUUUUCAUCAAAGAACAUACACAGGGGAGAAACAAUUCAAAUCUUUGGAGUGUGGAAAGAGCUCCAGUGGGAGUGGUGACCUUGCUCAGCAUCAAACAACACACACAGGGGAGAAACAGUUUAAGUGUCCAGAGUGCGGAAAGAGUUUCAGUGGGGGUGAUGGCCUUAUCAAGCAUCAAAAAAUCCACACAAAGGAAAAACCGUUCCUAUGCAAGGAGUGUGGAAAACGCUUUAGUCAGAAAGCUCACCUUAUUUUACAUCAAAGAACACACACAGGGGAGAAACCAUUUAAAUGUACGGAGUGUGGAAAAAGCUUCUGUGGGUCAGGUGACCUUACUAAGCAUAAAAGAAUCCACACAAGGGAAAAACCGUUCCUAUGCAAGGAGUGUGGAAAGAGCUUUAGUCAAAGUGCUCACCUUGCUUUACAUCAAAGAACACACACAGGGGAGAAACCGUUUAAAUGUACAGAGUGCGGAAAGAGCUUCAGUGGGAAUGGUGACCUUACUAAGCAUCAAAGAAUCCACACAAAGAAGAAAUCAUAAAAAACAUAGAACCACCUCUUUUUCUAUCUUGGGCUGCAGCUCCUUCCUUACAUUAUUUAUUUUGUUGUCGCCAGGUUUGGCACUGCUUUCCUUUGGGGUGAAGACAGAGGCAAAGUUGGCGUUGAGCAGUUCUGCCUUCCCUUAGUCAAUAGUAUUUCUCAGUCUUCUUCACAGAGAGGACCCUACAACUUGCUUGUUCUUCCUCUCGCUUUGAACAUAGCUGAAGAAACCUUUAUUAUUAUGUUUAGCUCUCUUGCAAGCCUGAGCUUUAGCCCGCCUGACAUUCACCCUUCAACUUCCAUUUCUUAUACAUGCCCUUGUUAAUUCUCAGCUGAUCUCUAAGCCAUACCAUGUUCCUGUCUCGUUUGGAUUGUCUGCAUUUGGGCAUUCAGUAUUUCACCUUUAAGAAACGCCCAUCCACUUUAGACUCCCUUCCUCUUGGCGCUCCUUAAGCUUUUUGAAAUUGGCCUUAAAGCCCAGAGUGCAUGUCUGACUACACUCAGCUUUUCCUUGCUUGUGUAUCAUAAACCCAGGAGGACAUGAUCACUUCCUCCCAAGUUUCCCAGUACUUCAACCAGUUCCUCUCUUUUGGUGAGCAUCAGAUCCAAGAUAAACAAUCUCUUUGUUGUUCCUUCCAUCAUCUGGGAAAUGAAAUAGCAAUGCAAUGGGUGAAUUCUUGGAAGAAUUUGAGUUCCAACAGAGUUUGGGGUAGCUCAAGUCUCCAAUGACUACGAUAUCUCCUUUUUAAAUGUUUGGUCAUCUGUUCUCGGAAGGCAUCAUCCAAUUUUUCAGUUUCUUCUACACAGUUGUUUCUCUCUAAAUACAGUUGCAAUUGACAUUAUUCAACCUCCAUUGCAAAACGGGUUCAUUAUCAAAAUUUACAGACUUUCAGCUGUUUGCCAUGAGCAAAUCAAAGAAAGGCAAUUGAAAAAACUCAACACAACGGAUGUUUCCAAUGGUUUCCCCAAAUUCCGCUGACAGUGCAACUUAUACUGGCUUAUCCAGUCUCACUAUUAUUCAAACACUUAAUGUCAAGGAUCUUUAGCACUUAGUAGAGCAGCUUUUGGCUCCCAUGACCUGCUGCAAAUGAGAUGCGUAGCCAGACAGCAGCUUCUGGCAGCUGAAGAAUCUCAUGAGCAAUGGCCUCCAGUUCAGUAAUAUUUUGCAUGCCUCAACCGCCCUUUUCAGAUCCCACCAGAGGUUUUCUAUGGAGUUCAAGUCAGGUGACUGUGAUGGCCACCUUCCAGGACUUCUGCAACCAAAGUCUUGGUGGGAUUUUACUUAAGCCAAACCCUUCCUGACGACACUGCUUGCACGGCCAGUGGUUUAUUUCCAGUAUUUUCCUCUCUCUCCCUGGGCUACAGCCCUCAAUAGGAAGAAAUGAUGAACGCACCACCUGUGCCCAAAAGCCUUUCAGCUUCCUGCCCAGAGUCCCUUGUUAAAUGUUGAAGGCUGUGUGUUGCGGAUAAGAAGGAACGGGUAGUUGACCAGUGGGCUUUAUAAGACUUGGCAACUUCUCUGCCAAAUCUUGAAUUUAUGCACCUGGAAGACGAACACACCUCCCGGGACAUUCUGUUUCCUCCGCACACUGCUGCCUCUGUCCACCUCAGUAGGGAGACACCAGCAGUGUCUCUUUCACUUCUGCGGAGUGGCAGAAUUUUUGUAUUCACUGUGGCUGCUCACACAUCAACAAAAACAAGCGGCUUUAAUGUUUGAUGUUGAGAAAGUAUUUGAUAAGGUUUCCUGGGAUUUGUUGUUUAAAGUUUUAGAAUAUAUGAGUUGUCAGAGCAUCCACAAUCAGUAGCCUUCGAUCUGAAGGGUUUAGAUCCAGAAUGAAAAAUGACUCCUCUAAGUCAAUCUCCUCCUCUGGUGUGUGUGUGGCAGAAAU